GGUUGACCGAUUGGCAUUGCAGUUGUAGCAGUGGUUGGUAAAAGGAGAAAGGGAAGUCAGCAGGCGGUAGCCCCAAGUACCGCUCGACCGCGGAGCGGAACAGCCCAGCAGAAGAGGGAAAAAUGAGUUUCUUCACCUCCUUCCAGGAGCUUCUGGAUUUCGAUCAAUCGACCAACCUCAAUGGAUUCCACUUCUCCAACAGUCUAUUCGGGUUCGAUUCAAAUUCGAUUCCUGCUCUGGAAAACCUACCGCCCCCUGCGGUCCAAGUGGAUCAACCCGCUGUAAUCGCCAACACCAGGCUGAAAUCUCCGUCGCCUAUUCCGGAGCCUACACCACUACUGGAAACCCCAAAGCAAUGUCAUACCAUCCAGCCACUUCAACAGCAGCAGCAGCAAUCGCCAGUGCAGCCUCCCACGCAACAGACCAACAAUCAACAAGUAUCGCCCAUUCCAAUAGUGUCCAAGUUUCAACUGAAGGUCACCCUGAAUAAUGAGAUUUACAUCUCCAACGAGUCAGGAACGUUCUGUGAACUGGCCGGAAGUUUCGUCCCGUCGACUGUUGAACGGAAACCGUUGGCAGUGCCGAUCGUUGAAAUUAUUCCACCCGCAUCUCCGGACGUUAUUGAACCUGAACCUGACGAACCGAAGCCACCCAAAACAUUAUUCUGCAUUGAAAGAGGCAUCAAGCGACCGUUGUCCCCAUCAGAUCAACGAUACUGUAAUUCCGGUAUAUUCCGGUCUCUCGAAGCACACUCAUCUCCGUUGAAAAAGAAAUCUACCUCCACUGCAAGCAAUGGCCUCUGUACCGGUGGCCCAGAACAAGAAUCCGUCGCUAAGCUCGUGGUCUCCAAUGUCAUCAACAAUGGAUUGAUCGUUAACAAGAAGCAUCUAUCCAACAACGAGGAACAACCCAAAGCUUCCACUUCUGCGACCCCAGAGCGGCGCAUUAUGCGAACGAAGAAAAAGAAAAGGAAAGCAGCACCAAAAACGACUCUGGAAGCGAAAGUGGAACCAGUGAAUGGAAAGAUUACGACGCGCAUUGCAACGGGACCGACGAUAACUAGUCGAAAGGUGCCUCAACAGCAGAUUGUUGGGAAACGGCCGAGCCAGGUGCAGGAGAAUCUCCGGAAGGUCCCCAUCAAGCCUUUGGCGACGGCUACGGCGACAGCAGCUAGUGCUUCUUCUCCUACCACUACUACGAUGGAGAGUACGUUAAACUUUUCCGGAAUUAAGGAGAAAGCCGCGCAAGAAGCAAUUUUCAUCGAACGGGUCGAAAAACAGCCUUCGUUGCAAAUGCAACCACCACAACAACAGCAACCCCAAUCCCAAAAGCAACAGCAACAGCAACAACCUCAGCAGAAGAUUGUUCAGACGAAAUGCGUACCUGCAGGUGAACCUGACACGAAGCUAGCACCGGUGGGUGCCGCUAUACCGGACGAAACCAGCUCCAGUCCGGCACCGGUCGAGUUGAAGGUCGUCGCCGAUCUGGUGAUGGAUAAGGAAGUCUUCGGACAUAUUUCUUUGUUGAGCAAUGGCCACGAUCGGAGCAAAGCAGUAAUAUACCAAAAUCCGGUCACCACCAAGAACGUCAUCUACAGCAUCCUGAAUCCUAAAUCGCUAAAUCUGAGCCUUGGUGGGUGUGGACGCGGCACUACGGCCACCCUCACUCUGGAGCCCCAUCGACGAAAGCCAAAGAAACGUGGUAGAAAGAAGAAAGUUCCCGGUGAAAAUCCGACGACUGCCCCCGAAGCCAAUGCCAACGGGCUCAACUCGCUGACGCCCAUACCUCCCGAUCUGAGUGCAAUUGACCCGGACAUCCCGGUAAUGAUCACCCGAUCCGGACGGCUUUCCAAACCGCCACGCUAUGCUAACAACUUCUUCCAGAACAUCAAACAGAAACCAGACCAACCAACACUACUACCGCCACCUCCACCGCCUCCGCCUGUUAUUCCCAGGAUAGAUCUUCCCGCAACGGAUCCGGAGACGAUCGAAAAACUGCCCAACUUUUCCGCUGCCCUUACCUCCACAGUUGCUCCUGCAGCUUCGCACCCGGAACCGGAACCGAAGCGAAAGAUGAAUAUCCCCCUUCAGUACCGCUGCGCCACCUGCAACAAGAUCUACUUGGGAAAGCGCAUGCAGAGGCAUCUGGAAAAGUAUCCCAGUCACAAUUCCCAGCGAGACUGUAUGGACAAGGGAAAGGAAAAGAUCGAAAAGGAGGACGAAAAAUCCACUUACCUGUACAAACAUCUAUUCGACCUACUGCAAAAGUUCACCGAAAAAGACAAAGGUCGCGUUAUGCUGAAGGAAAUAAGUAACUUUGUAGACUACGUACGGGCCCUGAUCCCCAAACUGAUCACAAACGACGAACAAAACAGCACCGUUGAAUAUAUCGAUCACAACGUGGCAGACGUUUUACGGCUCAACCACGGAAAGUAUCGCCUGAAGCUAUCUUCCCUGGCGGAAGAAUAUGACAAACUAAAUCUCACAGUGAAUCUGUUGAAUAACAACUCCACCCACGGUUUGAGCACCCCCAGCCGACCACCACCUCCACUUUCCACAAGCACUCCCAACGGAACCACCGAACGGCAUUCACUCUCUUUCAAUGCCGACGACAUACUAAACCAGUCCAGUUCAUUCCCUAGUCUUACUACGUUGAUGCAUGAACACAACCUACUCCUGCAGCAGAAUGGCACCGUAGCUGCCAGCAAUAACAUCAUCAACAACAACAACAACUCCUUUCAUCAACAAAACAACAACCACCAGCAUCAGCAAAGCAAUCACCAUCACCAUCAUCCCCAUCUCCCCAAUCACCACCACCACCACCACCACUACAGCAAUCAUCACCAUCAUCUGCCGUUGAUCGGAUCGAGCUGUCACGAUGAUGCCAUGAACAGUCUGUCCGGUUUGUGCAAAUCGCCAGUGCAGCAUUCCACCUCCGGAAUGGUCAAUAUGGCACUGAAUCUGUACUAGAAAAAAAAUAUGCAAAGGAUUAAACAAGUAAAUACAUACCUACCUACACAAGUAAAAAGAAGAAAAAAUUACAAACGAUCAAGUUCUAACAAAUUAUAACUGAAAUUGUAUAGCUUUUGAAGAGAGUAUGAGAAGAUAAUAUAAUACAAUAUGGUUUUACAUUGAGUCUAAUCAACAUACAAAGAAGGAUAAUAAAUUAAUUGGAUGA